AUGAGUACACAGUACAUAAAUGAACCUCCUACGACGGGCAAGGUGAUUUUGCACUCCACUGCCGGUGACAUUGAGAUUGAACUUUGGACAAAAGAGUGUCCUUUAGCAUGUCGUAACUUCAUCCAACUAUGCAUGGAGAAAUACUACAAUGGGACAAUUUUUCAUAGAUUGGUGAAGGAUUACAUCAUCCAAGGAGGAGAUCCUACCGGUACUGGACGAGGCGGGGAAAGUAUAUAUGGGAAACCGUUCAAGGAUGAGUUUCAUCAACGCCUUCGGUUCAACCGUAGGGGUCUUGUUGGAAUGGCUAAUGCUGGCAGAGAUGAUAACGGUAGUCAGUUUUUCUUCACAGUUGGAAACGAUGUACGCGACCUGGAUAAGAAACAUACGCUUUUUGGAAAGAUUGUUGGCAAUACGGUGUUCAAUAUGCUUAAAAUGACUGAAUGUGACGUGGACGAUAACGAAAGGCCAAGGACGAUCCACAAGAUCACAGGAGUAGAGAUACUCACAAACCCUUUCAAUGAUAUCAAACCCAGAGAACGAGUGAAAGAGAAGAAAGAAAAGAAAAAAGAAAAGAAGCCAGUCGAGACGAAAAAACUGAAUCUACUCUCAUUUGGAGACGAAGCAGAAGAAGACGAAAUGGAAGUAGAGGAAGUGAACAAGAAACUAAACAAGAAAGGGAAAUCAGCUCACGAUGUUCUAACUGACGAUGCAAAACUCAGCAAACAAGUUGCUGUUACUGCUGAUGAGAUGGCAGAUUAUGAUCCUGAUGAAGAUGGUGAACGUGAUGCCUCCACAGUAUCAAGUAUUAGAGCCAAAUUUGCUGCCAAACGGAAGAUCGAAGAAGUCGACGAUGACGGAAAGGACGAAGACUUCGAGAAAAUGAUCGACGAUGAACGAAAAAAGCAGGAGAAGGAGAGGAUGGAAGCAUUACAAGCAGAGCUAAAGGCCAUGCAAAAAGAGCACAUCAAAGCUCUAAGGAAACCGAAAGAGAAGAAUGAUAACGAGGAAGAAGAGCCACAAUCGGAAGCCAUGCAGAUGUAUAACGGGCUUAAGUUGAAGUUUAAAUCAAAAUCGAAGAAUAUUGUGAAGACGAAAGAUCCCAACCGAGAAGGUCAGACAAUGAGCAUGUUGGAGCGAUUCCAAAAACGUUUGGCUGCGUCUAAUCAGUCUGCCAUUUUACAUGACAAAAAGAUCGAAAUUAAAGAAGAAAAGAAAAAAGAAAAGGAAGAAGAUGACGAUGAGAAGAAGUUUGGAAUAGAUUUAGAUGCAGAGGAUACCGUAGGAGAUGACUGGAUGGGUCACAAGUUCCUCGCUGAAGAUGAUGAUCCAAAAGUAUCAAAAGCCAAAGAUGCAAACUUAAGGGAGGAGAGCGAGGAUUGGUACAAUAUCAACGAUCCGAGAAAUAAGAUGAACCAACGGAGACGGGGAGCGAUUUGA